AGUACUCCCCUUCUUUAACUGGGAAAAGCUGAGAGUGAGGUGAUGGGGUGGAGGAGGGAUGCUGCAAAAACUGUCAUGGGACAGAAGCUAUUUUUGGGCACCUCUACGCUGAUUGGUUGGAUCACAUGACCAUGCUACUGCUGAACUUAGUUAAAUAAACUUCAUAUACAUUUGUUUUCUUUAGAAAUUGUAGUUUAUAGCGAUGGUGAGUCUGAGUUAUAAGAUCGGCCACCAGUUGGAAUGCAAAUAAAUAAAAGAGUAUCUCAAAAAUAUGAAAAACAGAUACAGAAAUUGUGGAUAGAUACAUUUUAACAAUAGGCCAGUUUUUCAUCUUUAACUCACAAUAAUGUUAAAAUAACACUAAAAGGGAUUCAGAAAAUCAACACUGUAUACUAGUUUAACACAGCACAGAGUUAAAUAUUUAACACGAAUCCAGAGUUUCUUUGACUCACAAAAGUGUUAUAUGCUAUUUUCAAUGAUCAGUGGGGUAUUCUGAGCUAAAUGAUUUGAACACUUAAACACUGUCUUUCUCGGAUCAAGAUGGUUGGAAACCCAGAAUUACAGAAACUCCAUGUAACUUUAGUUUUAACAUAAAGUUUCUGCUGCAGUCUGAACAGUAUAGAUUUUACAUCCCAAAACGGGAAAAUAUCACAAUCGAAUACCUUCUCUGGAUCUAUGACAAGAUCUGCUGAUUGUGUAGCCAUCUUCAAGAAUCGGCUAAAAACCCAUCUCUUCCACCAACACCUCACUUACUAAUAUGAGUUUAAAGGUGCAGUGUGUAAUGACGUUUUUGUCUACAUACCCUUACAUGGAAGUCGCCAUUUUGUGCCGCCAUGUUUCUACAGAAGCUCUUAACGGACAGAGUGUUUUUAUUAAGUUGUCUCCGAUGAUGGCAUGUUUAUCGGUUGGCGGCUACCGUAGCUUCUCUAUGCGUUUCAAAAGCGAGGGGUUGCAAUUCGCAACCUCACCACUAGAUGCCGCAAAAAUUUACACACUGCACCUUUAAUAUCUUUCUCUAUCUUUAUCUUUUCUGUCUUAAAAAAAAAAACGAGCCCUUGGCUAUGUACACAUUGUUAGACUUGAUGUUCCAGUGCACUUAUGUUCUGUCCUUGUGUUGUGUUGUGCUUCUACUGUAACCUCAUUUGUAAGUCGCUUGGGAUAAAAGCAUCUGCUAAAUAACUUAAAUGUUAAUGUACAUGACAUGAUGACAUUAUUUGUCUUUUUAGUCAUGGCGUCCCCCUGUGGUCCACUAAACGAUGUGCAGCUCAUGAUUCAGGACAGAAUCAAGAAGAUUAAAGACAUCAGAAACUCAGCAGAGCUGAUAAAGAACAACACAGAUAAAGAGAUAGCGGACAGUGUGGAGAUCUGCACCAAUCUAAUCCGCUUCAUUAAGAGAAGUCAAUCUGAACUGCAGGAGAUGAUGGAGGAGAAACAGAGAACAGCAGAGAAACAAGCUGAGGAGCUCAUUAAAGAUCUGGAGAAGGAGAUCACCGAGCUGGAGCAGAUCUCAAACAUCGAGGAUCAUCUCGUACAGAUUUAUCCAUCAAUGAAGUGCUCUGAGAUCAGUCUUGACACUGCCUGUAUGGAAGAAGAUGAGACUGAACUAAUGAAGACAUUUGAACAUAUCCUUAUGUAUUUGUUUUUGUUGGGGGCGCAGCAGGUGUUUGCAGAGGAUGUGACUCUGGAUCCUGACACAGCUCAUCCAUAUCUCAUCCUGUCUGAUGAUGGGAAACAAGUGAGAUAUGGAGACAUUAGACACGACCUCCCAGAUAACCCUGAGAGAUUUAAUACCAGUCUGGGUGUUCUGGGAAAGGAAGGAUUCUCAUCAGAAAGCUUUUGUUUUCAAGUGCAAGUGACAGGAAAGACUGAAUGGGUUUUAGGAGUGGCCAGAGAAUCUGUUAACAGGAAAGGAGCGAUCAAACUGACACCAGCGAAUGGAUUCUGGACUUUGGCUCUGAGGAAUGGGAACAAAUUUAAAGCUCUUGCUGGUCCUGAUGUCUCUCUGUCUCCGAGAGUGAAGCCACAGAAGAUUGCUGUGUUUGUGUAUUAUGAGGAGGGUGCUGUUGUUUUUUAUGAUGUGGACUCCGGUUCUGUAAUCUACUUGUAUAGUGAUCAAUCCUUCAUGAACGUUGAUGAAACUCUUCAUCCAUUCUUCUGUCCAUGUAAUGAUGAUAAUGGUAAAAACACAGACCCUCUGAUCAUCUUACCCUGGCGUAAAUGAAUGAAAAUGAAACA